AUGAAACGAUCUUUAGGAUCUAAUAAUGGGAGUAAAGACUCUUCUGGUUGCUGUAAGUUAGAAAAUCAAGAAGUGCUGCUCAAAUUUCCGAAACUGGCCCAUGCGGAGGCAGUGGAACGUGACAUUUCUAAAGUUGUGACUCAUGUUCGUAAUGACAUUGAGAAAGUCAAUUUGUGCAAUGUCUGGCCAUGCAAAGAUGCUUCUGAAUCGGUUCGCCAUCAAAUUCAUGAAGCAAUCAGAUUUAAAGAUUGUCAAGCUACUAAGAAGUGGAUGGAAGUGACAAAUCGUGAGAUUCAGGAACAUUUCGAUGCUGAAUUGAGUCGUGUUGGAUGGCCAGUGGAAGACCAGGAAUCGUCCCGAAAAGAAGUGAGAUAG